UGUCAUUGUAUAUAAUUUCUUGAUAAUAUAAAGUGUAGAAAAAAAAACUCGAGUGUUUCUCUCACACAUUGCGAUUUGGUGGUAACACCGGUAUCAGGAUAUUCCGCGUGUUGAUUAACACAAUUGACGUAGUUAGGUCGUGAUUGAAAGUUAUUGGGAUUAAAGCGGUUUAGUGUCACGAGCAGUUUCUAUGUCAGUAUUAACGUUACCCUUCAACGUGACACACCAUCCAUUUGGCUUUUCGGUCGAUCUUAAUACAUCGAAUAUAGCAUAUCGAAAGCGUAAAAGUGUUAAUACUCAGUCAGUUGGGCAACACAAAACAAAGUAUGCUGUCGACGAGAGCUUUUAAAAUAGCUAACGCGAUGCGGAAGAGACCGUUAUUGUUUAAUUCGAUGGUGUACGGUUUCUUCUACACGAGCGCCGAGUUUAUUCGACAGAAUUUCAGUAAGAUGUCCAAGCAAUCGAUCGUCGAAGAGCCUGAAACUUUCGUCAGUACCAAGGGGCCGAUAUUGAUGCAGAUACAAAAACUUUGCGAGAUGUUGCAUCUUGUGGAUGAGAAGAAAGAUACCGCGAUGCAAUCGGCGGAUUAUAAUUGGCCGCAAUUGAGGAGAUACGCCGUUUACGGUUGCUUCUUAGCAGGGCCUGUGCUACACGGAUGGUACAAGUGGCUCGACACGUUCUAUAGCGGCAAGUCCACGAGGAUCGUGCUAAGAAAGCUCUUUGCGGAUCAAUUUAUCUUUACACCGCAGUUACUCGUCCUGUUUUUCACCAGUAUGAGUUUGAUGGAAGCCAAGUCGGACAUUCUCAGGGAAUGCAGAAUGAAGUUUCUGCACACCUUUCAGACCUCCUGUGAAUUUUGGCUGCCGGUGCAACUCGUGAACUUUCUGCUAGUUCCUGCAUCAUUACGAGUGACGUAUGUAAGCGUUGCCAGCUUCUGCUGGGUCAAUAUCUUGUGUUACUUAAAGAAUAUACCUGUUGUCGAAUGCAUCGAGGACAAGGUCGAACGGUGAAGUUUCACACACGUCACGAAUAUAUGUAUAUAUAUGAAAGAAAAAAUAAUGAUAAAUUCAAGUAACGUUAAAUAUAAUUACGUAUAUAUAGCAAAUUUGUUAUUAUGUACUUUCGUGUUAUAUACCUGAACAAAUCCUACAAA